GCCUGCGCGGUGGCGGGCGUCAUGGUGACGGCUGACGGUUGAACUCCGGCUUCGAUGCUGACUCCGGGCCAUUGGGAAGGAGAUGGAAGCGGAGUCCCGACACCGGGUUCUGUAUAAGACCCGACCUGCCCCCUGGAAGGAGGUGUACAGGAAGAGAUGUGUAGAAAGAUUAAAGAAUAGCAGAGCAAAGCUGUUGGACAGGUACAGGCAUGUGAACCAAAAUUCCAACUGCAGCCUGAAUGGAUCCUUCCUAGUUCAAGAGGUGAUGGAUGAAGAAUGGAGAGCCCUGAAAGCCCAAGAUGGUGAUUUCCAAUCAUUGUGGAAGAAGGGAAGUUUAGCAGAGGUUCUGAAUACAUUGGAGGAUAUAAAGGAAUUGGCAGAACUUGAGGAAAUUCAACAAGAGCUCCUCAGCGAAGAACAGGCCAUUAUUGAGGAAUAUGAGGCCAGCUUACGCUUCGAUGAAGCCUGUUUAAAUGCCAUGAUUGAUGGAUUUGAUGUUCCAGACAGGCUCAUUUGUCCAUUAUGUAACAGAAACUACUUAAAUGUGAACAGUGACUUUAUAACGUGUCUAUGUGGAAUGUGCAUUACUGCGAGGGAGGUGACAGUGCAGCAGUUUCGAGCUCUUCUGGAACAUAGUGUCACAGAACAUAAUACUCUAUGUGGUCACUGUCCCAGCUUCUCUCUGGUGAAUGGUAUGGAGGCAGAGCCCACGCUUCUCAUGAGCUGUCAGUGAGAUUUGAACCUGCUGCCUGGAGGAGAUGCAUCAUUAGUCCAGCAACAUUACACCACCCCAACCCAAGAAACCAGAGGAGCCAAGGUUUAACAUCAUGUUUAAUCAAUACUUCAUUUUUUAAAGAAACAUCUGAGGCCAAUGACAUUGUGAGGAGAAAAUAAUUUGGUUCAUGUGCUCACACACACACUUCCAUAAUUAGAAUACAAUUCAGAGGCACCGUUUUAGCCAUUUAGCAUCCCA